UCAGUCGUUUGCUGGCUUUCAACGCUGUCGGUUCUCUGUGGGUUGGUCCGUUUUUUGUGCGUCGCGUCGGUGGUUUUUGGCGUCGUCCGUUUUGCGUUUGUCGUUGCGUUAUCCAUUGCUACGUCGCUGUCGCUGCCGCUGCCGCUGCCACUACCGCUGCUGCUGCUGCUGCUUUGCAUUGUGCCCCCUCCCUUGCCCAACACCGCACCACACGCCACUCUCCCCUCUGUGCCAGUGUGUAUGGGUGUGUGUGUGUGUGGCCCAGCCUAUCUCCGAGAGCCUCAGUGUGUGUGCGCCAGCCAGUGUGCUAGUGUGAGUGCCAGUGCGAGCAAAUGUUGAAAGGCAGCAGCACAGCAUGGCCCGAAAAGACAGCGGAAAAUGGGAAAAGCGUGCAUACUUUCGGUCGCACUGAGUAAUGAUUUUUGUGUUCGCUGGAAAUGAAAAUUGUUUUGUGCUGGCGCUGCCAUCAAACGAAAAUGGAAAUGGAAAAUUGAAAUACCCCAAGAGAAAAGUAGAGCCAAAUACGCGUUCAAGCAAAAAAGUGUGUGCGAAAUUGCAAUUAAUCGCAAAAUUGGGACUGUGAAAAGGGAAAACGUGGAAACGUGGAAACGUGGAGGCGAACGUUGUGCUUCAUAAAUAUGCUGCGGCACACAUACACGACCAUUCAAACAACAGUGCCACACACACACACGGACACACACUCCAUUACGACGGACAGGCGACGACAGUCCGUGUCCUGGGCCUGAAUCCUGGCCCAUGAAUGAACCUGCCAUCGAAUCGCUGACAAGGAAGAGCAAGAGCAGACCAGCCUUGCCUCUCACUUUUCCCCUCCCUCCAUUCACACCCACACGACACACACACACACACACGCCAACACCCUCUCACAAAGCCAUACAUACAUACACAUGUGCAACAUUUAAAAGCAUAUAAAAAGGCAAUUUUCGAGAGAUUUUUGCGCGACGAAAGGGAAAUAGAAACUACGUGAACGCUGCGAGCCGCGCAUUUGGAAACCAGAAAAAAGCACACACACAGACACACACAUACAUACGUGUAUAUAUAUAGCGAAUAAAAAGAUACGCUGAUAGAGAGCAAGACAGAGAAAAAGACACAGAGUACAUAGCACCACGGACGGGAGAGAAAGAGAUACAGAGCGUGGAAGCAGUUAUUGAAAGUUGAGGGGCAACCAUCGGUGAUGUGGGACACAUCCCGCAACGGGCAAUGCAACAACCCCAACGUUUCAUACCGUCUGUAUCUGAUCUAUAUGGCACGGACGAGAUAGAACUGCUGCUGGACGAGAUACGUGAGCUGGAGCUGGAGCCGGUCUGCUGUCAGCUGGACGAUGAGCAGGACUUUGAAAUAGCUGGCAGCAGGGCCGGCGAGCUCUCGCUAUCCCUCGAAUCGCCGCUGGGCACAUGCACCUCCUGGGACUCGCAUGCCAACUACAAACAGCGCAGCGGAGCGACACCGCUGCCAUGGGGCGUUGCCCUACACUGUGAUCCGCAACACUUGAAAACGCCUACAGGGAUUGUGCGCAUACUAUUGGUGUUAUCCUCGGCCGCCUGCCUGGCCUGCGAAUGCUCUGCGGGCACGGUACAGGUGGGCCUCUUUCUACUGCCACUCAUCGGACGCCUGAGACUGAUGGUCUUCUGUGCGCUCUUCUCGCUACUCAUCACAUGUCUCAUGCUCUUUCUGGAUAUAUCGCAUAUAGCUCUCAUGUUUCCAUUCAAUUGGACUAAAGUGAAUACGUGGAUGUACCUGAGUAUUGGUUUGAUAUUUAUUUUGAGCUCCACAUUACUUGUCCACAUGGUCCUCUGUGCCACUGAAUACACAUGGGUAUCCAAGCAUUCCAGGGACACACUAUUAGCCACAGGCAUUAUUGGAUAUGUGUGCGCCUUGGAGGCAUUUCUUUUGUCGGGCAUCGCAUCCUGGCCAUGGACUCAGUACCGUCAGGUGCCCGACGAUGCCAGCGAAUUGUUUAUCGAGGAUCGCGAAAUGACACCGAUGAGUCCCAUUAUUUGUAGCACCGAACUGCAUGCGACGCCAUAUCGGAAUGGCAAUGCAGCAGUAUCGGAGGAUCUAUAUAACCAACAACAACAACAAUCGUCCUAUAAUCAAAAGCCUUAUAUACCUGCCAAACGACCCAAUGAGCUCAACAACCAGCGUCCAGCAUUGGGUCACACACAAACCGCACGGACAAAACCCAAUCAACGUUAUCGAGAGGGCUAUCACUAUCACACAUCCCGCCAGAGUCCCACAUUCGUGUUAGGCGAUGAUCAGGGUGCCGGUCCAUCCACGUCCCGUUCCAAUGAUAAUUCUAGUGCGUGA